AUGUGACGAAUCUCAUGAUUUAAGACUCAGAACUGUUAUCCCAAUCACGGUAUCUAGAUGAAAAAUACUUCUUCUAUUUACCUUGAUCCUAAUAUCAUUAUUAAAAUGUUCAACAUGCAACCUCCAACUGUGCGUCAUUUGAGUGACAGAGAGUUUAAGAGGAGACUCAAGUCCUGGCAGCGUGACGUGAACCUUACAUUAGUCAUCUACUCUCGCGUUUGUCGUCAUUUGUACGCACUUGGCAAGGGUGUGGAGGCAUUAUUAUAUGUUUAUUUGCUUUUUGUUUGUUUUUGUAGGUUAUGUUAUGAAUGAAGUAACAACGUAAAACGUCUUGUAUAUUAUCAUUAUUUACUAGAACACCCUCCUGCUAUUAAUGCUUAUUUCUACAUAAAUUUAUAGAGCAUUGAAUUAUGAAAUACUUUUUUCAAAUCAAUUAAGAUGAUUGCUGACGAAACUUUUGAUGAAAAAAUAAAUUAUGAAGUGGCUGCUAAUUAUUGGUCCCAGAUCCCGGCAACUGUUGAUGGCAUGCUAGUUGGCUUCGGAUACAUUACAAAAGCUGAUAUAGAAGGUUCUGAAAAAUUCUUAAAAGAUCUCUUCAAGGCUGAAGCAUCGUUGGAGCGAGAACGCGCACUAGACUGUGGUGCAGGCAUCGGACGUAUAACUAAAAAUCUACUAGUCAAGUUCUUCGAUAAAGUUGACCUCGUUGAGCAAGAUCAAAAAUUCAUUCAAGAAGCCGAAAAAUCCAUCGGUACUCAUGAAAACGUUGGUGAAUUUUUCAAUACAGGACUACAAAACUUGGAGUUUGCACACAAAUAUGACGUUAUCUGGUGUCAGUGGGUCCUCGGUCAUCUCCCAGAGAGCGAUUUAAUAAAGUUUUUCAAAAAUUGUGUUGGCCACCUGAAACCGAACGGAGUGAUAGUGGUCAAAGAGAACCUGACAUCGAAAGGAGGCGUCGAACUCGACGAACAAGACUCAAGUGUCACUCGAUCAUACUCAGUCAUGCAAGAUUUGUUCAAAGCUGCUGACCUCAAGUGUAUAAAAGAGUGGAAACAGAACAAUUUUCCCAAAUUCCUCUAUCCGGUUAUGAUGUUUGCUCUCAGGCCAGCAACUUGAUGUGCUAUUAAAAAAAUACAUGUGAAU